AUGCAAUCAUUUCGCUCUUCUUCACAUGAGCUAUUGAAUGUUCAUAUUUUUGCGUUAUUGGACGAUGAACAAAAAGGAAAAGAUAAAAUCAAAGCUAACCAAUUUGGUGGUGUUCCAGGUGUUACUGCUAUGAUUAUUGGUUUACCAUUAUCUUUAUUCUAUUUAUCAUAUUGCUUAACACAAAAUCACGAUAGUGGCACACUCUUAAAUCCAUUUACUAUUGAGUUUUAUCAUUAUAUUAUUGGUAUACAUAUACAAUUAAUUACGACCCAUUAUCAUAUAAUACUUAUAUUAGUUUGCUAUCUAUUAUUUCAAGCUUCAUUAGCUAUCAUGUUGCCAAGUCGUAUUGUAUCAGGUACUCCUGUUGGUGUUAAUCAAGAUGGUAGUAUUAAGCGUUUAGAUUAUAAACUGAAUGGUUUGAUGGCGUAUUUAUUAACAUUCAUUGCUUAUUAUAUAAUAUGUUAUCAUUAUCAUACGAUACCUUCAACAUUUCUAGCUGAUAAUUUUACAUUACUUUUAGUAGCAUCGAAUAUAUUAUCAUUUAUUAUUGCUAUUGGUGUGUCGAUAUUAGCCUAUCAGCAAAAUAAUUAUCAAUUUAUUAGUCAAAAUUUGAUGUAUGAUUUUUGGAUGGGUUACAGUCGAAAUCCAAGAUUAUAUAAUUUUGAUUUAAAAUUUUUUUUCGAAGGCCGCCCUGGUUUAAUGUUAUGGAUUUUAUUGAAUAUUUCUUUUAUUGAAAAACAAAAACAAAAUUUUGAUGGUCAUUAUUCAUUAUCUAUUAUCAUAAUUAACAUAUUUCAAAUAUUAUUUGUAACGGAUUAUUAUUACUUUGAAGAAGCUAUAUUAACAACAUGGGAUAUAAUGGAAGAAAAAUUCGGUUUAAUGAUGAUAUGGGGCGAUAUUGUAUUUGUACCAUUCUUUUUUUCAAUUCAAAUCCAUUAUUUAUCUUUACAUUCACCAUCUAUACAAAUAUUAUCAACAUCAUAUUUAGUAUUUUGUUUAUGUUUAUGUAUUAGUGGUUUCUUAUUGUUUCGAAUUGCUAACUUACAAAAGCAUCAUUUUAGUCAUGAUUCAUCAUAUGUUUUGGGACUAUCUUGCUAUAAUUAUUUUCUUAAACGACUUUUUGGUAUGAAUCGUUGUAAUAUGCCAAAAUAUAUUCAAACAAAACGUGGACCAAAAAUAUUAUAUUCCGGCUGUUGGGGUAUUGCAAGACGUAUGAAUUUAACAGGUGAUAUAUUACAAAGUAUUGGCUGGUGUUUAUUAUGUUCAUUUAAUCAUUUCAUACCGUAUACAUAUAUUAUCUACUUAACAGUUUGUUUUAUGCAUCGCGAAAGAAGAGAUAAUGAAGUUUGCCAAAGAAAAUUUGGAUCAGAUUGGAACAGAUAUACUAAUAUUGUACAAUGGCGUUUUUUUCCAAAUAUUUAUUAA